UGUGCGAACAUGUGAAGACAGCGAUUGUCAAAAUUUUUCUCACAUUCGUAAAUAGAAAAUUUUUGCAUGCACUGUAGCACAUUACUUUUACACAUAAUAAAGAAACAUUUAACUUAACUAUAUUUAAAUCCGGAAAAAAUUGUGAUAAUAAACGAAAAUGGCCCGGGGACACCAGAAAAUCCAGUCGCAACAAAAGGCACAAGAAAAGGCCGCCAAAAUGAAAAAGCAGCAGGGCCACGGACUUAGCGAUCAAAUGAAAGCCGCCCAGAAAGCACUUGUCUUCUCCUGCGCCGUGUGUAAGUCGCAAAUGCCGGAUCCCAAAACCUACAAACAGCACUUCGAGAACAAACAUCCCAAAUCGGAACUGCCAGCUGAUCUGAAGGACAUAUAACGCAACGGUCGCUGCCGUGUCGUCAGAGCGCAAGGAAACUAACAGCCAACAUGCUAAUCAUUCUUGUUCAUUUACACAAUUCCUAAUUUACACGAUUCUAUGCGGAGCCGAAACUGCGAAAAAUUUCUCGGCAUAAAUUAGGACAACGUUUUCUCAGCGUACAUAUACAGUGAACGGGAAAAAUUGUUUUUCAAAGGUGAUUGACGAUGGAUAUUAGCGAAGCAUAAAUUAUCAAUACAGUGUUGACCCGAUUUUGUCACUCCCCGA